GCAACAUUAAAUCAGAGCUUUGCUUACAUUAUUGUUUUGCUUCACUAAAAUCUCAGUGCAGCAUGAGGAAACCAUUCGCUGUUCAGCAUAAAGGGCCGGGCUAGUUUGCACAAUUAGGUCACCUGGGGAGGGAUCAUGCAAGAGGCAAAGAAAUCAACCAAGAAUGCUUAACAGGUAUUUUUGUACCUGAGAAGGAAGUUACUCAGAAAAAAAAGAAAACAGGGACCGACAGAACAAUACUAAAUGACACAGUGGCUACGGAGAUUCUGUUGAAGAAAAACUGGAAAUAUUAAGGCUUCAAAUAUGGCGCAACCGUCCGUUAAAUCACUUUGUGCUAAAUUUUUGGAUGAUCACCCCUCCCAAGAAGCAUUGCCUUUACAGUUUAAAGAAAGCAGCAGUAUGAGGACAAUUUUCAGAACCAGUUCCAAUCCACAGUAUUAUUCUGUUAUAUCAGAGUUAGAAAGUAAAGGAAGAAAUGCUCCUUUUGUUUUAAAGAAACCUGCAAUACCACGAAAAAUAAAUCCACCAGGAAAGAACCUGAGUAAAACAGAUACUGUUACUCAUUGUGCGAAUAUUCGUAACUCUCCAGAGGCAUCAAACAAAGUAUCGGCUCUUAAUAAUAAGUCCACUGUGGACGCUGGAUCCAUAAAGAAAGGAUUUAAGGAAACUGUUGCAGAAGAGGAUGUAAAAUAUGAAAAUAUUAAACGAAGUUUUCGCUGUCUCCCAGACACAUCUAGGCCUCCUGUGCCACCAAAAAUGUCAGGUAAAGAAUCAGAAUUCCCAAAUGAUACAAGUUCAGCUGGCAAUUUGUCUUAUCCACCUCGGGCAAAGGGAAAUUCUCCAGGGACACCAAAGGAUUUUCCUGUUCCUAAAGGAAAACCUGACAUUUUAAAGAAACCAAAAAUUAUUCAGAGAGGUGUAGCAGUUUUUCCACAAUCCCCAUCUCAAGCAACCAUCCCAGAAAGCACAAACAUAACUGAAGAAACCUAUGAAACUGCUGAUCUAAACAUCAUCAAAGAAUCAAAACCAAUUACUGUCAAAAACAAUGACAUUAGCGCCAACAGCAGUUCCUUUUUGAUAUCUUUGAACAGAAGUGAUAAUUCCUUGUCAGCAAAAAGCAAAAAGUCAACAGCAGAUGAGAGUUCCGAAGCAAAACAGGGCGACUUGUCAGAAAAGCAAGUUACAAAGUCUGGUAAACAACACAAGAUACCAAAUGCCCCCAAACUUAAAUGUCUUCCAUCCAUUAAUUCUCUGAAUCCACCACCUAAGAAACCUCCAAGACCUCCAAAUGUUGAUCUAAGUGCAUUCUCAUAUCUUCCUGGGAAUAAAAGGGUACAGAUUACAGGAAUGCAAGGAGCAGAAACAACUGAUGCUGUUUCAAGUACCAAAGAAACUAUGGAGAAUUAUUAUGAUGAUUCUAUGAGCCAUGCAGAGGUGCUGGCAUUGGGUAACACAAUUAAACAAGGAUCGCAAGGAGCAGAAAAAAAUGAUGCUGAUUUAAGUACUGAAGAAACUCCAGAAAAUUAUUAUGAUGAUUCAAUGAGCCUUGUAAAGGUGCUGCCAUUGGGUAAUACAAUGAAACAAGAAUUACCGGGAACCAGAAGGAGUGACUAUAUUGCGAGUACUGAAGAGAACGAAUGUUAUCAGGAUAUUUUGCCACUUUCACCAUAUUCUGAUAAUGUAUUUGAAGCCGAGCCAGUGUCGCCUGAAGCAGAGAAAAAUAGUUUAUUGCAAAAAGAGGACAGUUAUGAAGAUGCUUUUGGACUAUUAUCUCCAUUGAGUUAUAGUACAGAGCCCGAUUCUGGCUUUUGUUCACCCAAUGAAGUAAGGUAUUCCUGUUCUGAAAUUAUUAAAGCAACAAAUAUAACUAACUACCCUGAACCAAAACCUAAAGAUUGGAAAAUUGACAAAAAGCAACUUGAUUUUAGAAAAAAAUACAAGAUUUCUGGGUCAGAAAACACUUUGUGCACUACAACUGUUAAAGAGGACUUCAAAGAUGGCAAAGACAUGCUUUCUGUAAAGACGGGAGAUACUAUUGAAAUAAUAAGAAUCACGGGUUGUCCUGUGGGGAAGUGGCUAGCAAACAAUGAUCAAGGAGAUUAUGGAUUUAUUCCUGUUUCUUCUGUCAGUGUGAGCCAAGAGCAUUUGAUCUAUUUGAAUCAGCCUUUAUCACAAGAGAGUCAAUACCUAAAGGUCUAUGUUGAUGCCGAAGAUUUUUCAAGAGAAAAUGGGACAUCCUUGGAUGCAUCUUUCACUUCAGAUGGGUAUGCUGAUAUGUCACUGAAGACCUGUGAUGUCAGCAGCAUUAAAUCAAAUAGCUCUAGCGGUAAACGUAACAUCUUGCAGCAAUUUUUUACGAAGGCUAAAGAGAGACCAAAAGAAAAAAAUAGCACAGGCAAAAGUACAUCUUCAGCAACAGAUUCAUAUGACGAGUUUUCAAAUGAUGAUUAUUAUUCUACAACAAUUACUGAAGAUGACAAAAAAAAUGCAAAGCAACAGAAGAAAACAAAACCUUCCAAACUUGAGAGAGAAUUCCGUGACAAGUUUAAGUACACCAAAGACAUUGUUGUUAUCAACACUGCCAUUGUAAAUGUGCAGGCUCCUCGUUUAGCAAAGAGUAAAUUUGACUUGGCUAUAAAGCCUGGAGAAGAACUUGACGUUGUAGACAUUACAGAUGGCAAGGAGGUUAUCUGUCGAAAUGCUACUGGAAAAUAUGGACGUGUUGCGAUUGAACAUCUAAAUUUCAUAUCCAAUUUAUUUAGCCAAAAUUCCACCAAAGGGCCAGCCAGGACAGAAGAAAUGACUAGACAUUAAGCCUGACUUUAAGAAGAACUGAUGUGUUUCCUAUGUCAACUUCUGUAAAUUCAUUUUUUUCUGAAUAAAUCUGAAACUUGAUAUUUCCUAUAA